ACUGCUCAACACGAAUCGAACUUCGAAUCUAAAUAAAAAUAAUCUCUGGUCUAAAUAGAAUCCACUAGAAGUGUAUAAGAAAUUUGACAUGCCUAGGCGUGCACUAAUAAACACAUUCAGAUUGCGAACCCUGUAUUCUAAGAUGUUCUGUGCAAUGAUAAGAUUUGCGGUGUAUGUCUUCCGUUGAACUUUUCUAGUGAACUGAAAAAUAUCUUACCCUUACCAAUACUUGAAAGAAAAGCUGUUGUAAUGUUGCCAUAUGACUUAGCAUCUGCGUAAAUAGAAAAUUCUCGUACGGUAGUAGAAAUUUUCGCCCGCAGGCUAAUGUGAAGUAGUAUAAAUAACUCUUCAAACGUCAGCCUGAAUCACAGCUUUACAUACCAGCGGUUAACGUCCAUUCGUCCAACGAUGGCAGCCCAGCUCCUGUUGACGGCGUUGUGCGUAGCGUUUGUGGCGAUAAAUGGCAUCGAAGGUGCUACCGAUGCAAAGUACAAGUAUGUGGCUAUUCUGCAACCGUCCACGUUUUUCGAAGCCUGGCAAGACUGUAACAUUAAGGGUGGCCAUCUGGCUUCGAUCGAAUCGCCCCAGGAACAGGCGCGGGUCGAGAAAGCCAUGGCCAAGGCGCGAGAUCCGCGGGCCGUAUUCUUUUUCGGCGGCACGGACCUGGGCCGCAAGGGCCGCUGGAUGUGGAUCCAUUCGAACAAGCCGAUCGGCAACGGUGGCUACACGAACUUCUUCCCCGGGCAGCCCGACAACGGUGGUGGCUCGCAGGACUGCUUGACCGUGGGCGUCGCGGACGGCUACAACCGUGGCAAAUGGGACGAUCAAAAUUGUCUGUACAGGUUGGAUGGAUACAUAUGUGCGUUCAAGUCCACUAGUUCGAGUGCAUCUUAGCAGGAUCGGUUUACUCAAGACGGGAGAUUUCAAUCGAUAGCAA